GGGUGGGAGAGGGGGUAGAGACACACACACAGUGACAUACACACACACAGACACACAGACACACACAGAGUGUCACACACAGUGACAUACACACACACAGUGUGUCACACACAGUGACAUACACACAGACACACACAGUGACACACACACAGAGAGACAUACACACAGUGACAUACACACAGACACACACACAGAGUGGCAUACACACAGACACACACAGUGUGUCACACACAGUGUGUCACACACAGUGUGUCACACACAGUGUGUCACACACACAGACACACACAUAGAGACACAGUGAUACACACACACAGUGACAUACACACACACAGACACACACAGACACAGUGACACACACACACACAGAGACAUACACACAGAGUGACAUACACACACAGUGUCACACACAGUGUCACACAGACAGACAGUGUGUCACACACACAGAGACACACACACCGACACACACACACAGACAGAGUGACACACACACAGAGACAUUGUGACACACACACACACAGACAGUGACACACAGACACACAGAGACACAAAGUGUCACACACAGAGACACACAGACACACAGUGCCACACACAGUGUCACACACACACACAGACACACACAGAGACACAGACACACACACACAGAUACACAGUGUCACACACAGUGUCACACACACACAUACACACAGACACACACACAGUGUCACACACAGAGAGUCACACACACACAGACUCACAGGGAGAGAGGGAGAUAGGGAGGGAGAGAGGGAGGGAGCGAUCCCCCACACCCCACACACACACCCACACACUCUCUACGCACUACACACACACUACACACACUAUACACACACACUAUAAACACACACGCGCUAUAAACACACGCGCACUCUCACUCUGCCCAGCACUGCACGCACGAGGCGAGCGAGGCGAGAGCUCCAGAGAAUCUCCACUGCACUCAGAGGCGGACAGACGAAGGCCGCCACGUGACCAUGAGGGCCUCCUCCACCUCCUCCACCUCCACCACCUCCACCACCUCGUCCACCACCUCGUCCACCUCGUCGUCGAGGCGGCGAGGCCGCAAGGGCCUCAAGGCGUGGCUGCUGGAGCAGGUGGACUGCGGCCGCUACCCCGGCCUGCGCUGGGAGGAGGGCGCCGGGCGGCAGCUGUUCCGCCUGCCGUGGAAGCACGCCUCCAAGCACGACUACACGCACGCAGACUCGGCGCUCUUCAGGGCGUGGGCCGAGCACAAGGGCCGUUUCCGUGCCGGGGUGGACAAGCCGGACCCGCCGGGGUGGAAGACGCGUCUCCGCUGCGCCAUGAACAAGAGCCGCGACUUCGUGGAGGAGCCCAACCGGGGCCAGGCCGACAUCAGCCACCCCUACAAGGUGUACCGCGUGCUCAGCCAGCGGUCCGCACCACCCCCCACGCCUGCUGUGGUGAGCUCACCCUGCGGCUCCCUCGACUCACACGAGGAGGACAAGGACACCGACAAUGGCCGCCCCCGCCCUGCACGUAUGCCUCUGUACGCGUUGAUGGGACUGGAAGAGGCUUCCAAUCGGAAGAUAGAAGCGGAUGCCAUGGACACCAAUGACGAUGUUGCCUCUCCACCAAUGAUCGGCGGAUCAGCGGAGGACCCGGCCAACAUCGACCAAUUAGAGGAGGAGCUGGGCCCCAAAGCCUCUGCGUUCCGCGUCACUGUGAGCUACCGGGGCCGCCAGCUGCUGUGCUGCACGGUGACCAAUAGCAGCGGCUGCCUCAUCACCAGCCACUCAGCCUGCGGCCGCGAGCCGACCAAUGGCAGCGCAGCGCUCGAGGUCACCCGCACGCACAGCUACGCGCGGCGGGUCGCGGGCCCGGCGACGCCCGGCAACAGGACGCCGCCCUCCCAUUGGACGCCCGCGACGGCCGAUGGCCCCGCUCCUGACUCUGCGGGCCCCGUCCAGGACGAGUCGUCGUCGUCGUCGUCUCCUUCGCCGCUGCCGCCGCUGUUGUUGCCGUCGUCGUCCGACGACUGCGCCGUGGCGGCGCCGGUGGUGGUUGUGGCGGCGAUUGCGGCGGCGGUGAUUGUGGUGGUGGCAUUGGCGGUGGUGGCGGCGGCGGUCCCACCACCGUGGCACUGCCGUCCGCGGCGGCGUUCCUGGACGCUCGGCACCGUACAACAACAACAACCGCAACAACAGCAGCAACAACCGCAGCCGCAGCGGCACAAAACGACGCCACCACCUCCGCCACCUGCGCCACCUUCGUAG